AUGGCCGAAUCUCACCUUGAAGACUUUCCCUCACUCUUCUCCCUCAAGGGCAAGGUCGCCGUCAUCACCGGCGGCUCUCGUGGUCUAGGCCUCCACGCUGCAUCCGCGUUCCUCCAGGCUGGAGCUUCCAAGGUCUUCAUCUCUUCCCGAAAGGCCAAGGCCUGUGAGGAGGCAUGCAAGGCUCUCAACGCCCUGCCCAACCGCUCACCCGGCGCGGUCGCCAUCUCGGCGCCUGCCGACUCCUCCACAAUUGAGGGCGUCGAGAGUCUCCUCGCGCAGGUCAAGAAGCACACUGACCGCGUCGACAUCCUCUUUGCCAACGCCGGCGCCACGUGGGGCGAGCGCUUCGACACGCACCCGGACUCGGCCUUUGCCAAGGUCAUGGAUCUCAACGUCAAGGCUGUCUUCAACACGAUCCGGCUGUUCACCCCUCUGCUUGAGAAGAGCGCUUCUAUCAAGGACCCCAGCCGCGUCAUCAUCACCUCGAGCACCGCGGGUCUAGGUGUCGGCACCAUCGGCAAGCAGGGCACGUACGGCUACUCUGCCAGCAAGGCGGCAGUUCUGCACCUCGGCCGCAACCUGGCCAUGGAGCUGGGUCCCCGAGCCAUUACCGUCAACUCCAUCUGCCCAGGCUUCUUCCCUAGCAAGAUGUCCAACGGACUCCUGGAGAUGUCGGGCGGCGCCGAGCAGAUUGGAAAGGCGAACCCCAUGAGAAGGCUGGGCCAGCCCGAGGAUAUCGCGGGUGUUGUGGUGUACCUUGCGAGCAGGGCGGGUGCUCACGUGAAUGGAGAGUCGAUUGCUAUUGACGGUGGUUCGCUAUGGCAGCGGGGAGAGCUCAUGGCAGCAGAUUCGAAGCUGUAG